GUAGAAUAACUAGACUUUUGAUACAUUAAAUAAAUGAUCCAAGGGCAAGGGAAAAUCAAAUAUAGUAACCAAUUUUCAGUGUGAUGAUUGAUUAUUAACAGAGUUAUAUUUAAUCAAAUUACAGAUUGCAAUAUUAUUUUAUAAAUCACUUCUGGUAUAAAUAAAAGAAAUGAAGGCAUAACGAAUAUAAAAGAGUAACCGUAUAAGAUGGCUCCACAUUCACCAGUUAUGUUGUUGGGAGACACUCUAGGCCAACGGCACCGACACCUCAACUCGUUGGUGCGCGCGGCUAGAGAGAGUGGAACCACGGUCCAAGAUGUGGAGGCAGUACCCGAGCAGGCUCCAGCCGACCGACUGUUCAAGGUAGACCUCGCCGUCUCACUCGGAGACGCAGACUACAUCCUGCGGAACCUGAAACACGACGACAUGCUGUUUGUGAGCAGAGCGCUGAAGGCCCGGUGGCUGCUAGACCGCCAUGACGUCAUCAACCCUCAAUAUUUGGAAGACACUCUCUUCCCUGAAAUGGUUUCCCCGGCAGUCUCCAAGAUGAGGCACUGGCUGUACAUCAACCUGCGGGAACCCGCCAAGUGCCAGGAGUUCUAUGAGUACUACAAACAGAACUCGUUCGAGUUCGCCAUAAAGUUCCUCAGCCGCUGCAGCAAUCGCUUCAUACUGGAAGAAGUCCCCAAGAUAUUGGCCAAACUGUCGCCUCACUAUUUAAAAGUUUUGUGCGAGAAAUGCUCUACAGUCGCCAAAAUAUAUUUUGAUUCGUUGGCGACACAAGACGAUGUUAAGAACUGCUACCUGAAACAAGAACAGGCCUACUACAAUAGUAUAAAAUGCGUGCUGAAAUCGGAUGCUGAUGUGUUUCUCGACAUCACGGAAAAGUAUUUCAGCUUUGAUAAGUUCAAGAGAUUCAGUCCACUGGCGACUGACUACAUCGUGCGGUGCCAUAAAUCUAGAGUCACAAACAAGUUGGAGCUGUACGUGGCCCACAUUUUGCACAUCCCCACACUGGCUGCGAGGCUCAGUGUCGACGAGUGCCAGGAAGUUGUGCUGCAGCUUGCGAGGGCCAGCUACUUGCAGCACUGGUUCCAGUACAAAGCGGUAGAACCACUGAUUAAACGUCUACAUCCUCAAAAAAGAGCAGCAUUCAAAAAAAGAGUAUUUGUUGUAAAGGAUAUUGGAGAAUGCGUACAGGAAUGGCCAUACUUAACACCCCAAUCACCUCAACAAUCCGAUACUUCAUCUCAUGUAUUUGAUGACGUACAUUAUGCACCUUUCACAUCCGAACAGUUUACAUGUAGACGCAUGACAAAACAUAUGAAAAUGGGUGAAAAAAAAGGCUACAUGGCAUGGGAUAUUGUGACUAUCGAAGGUAACAUAAAAUCAGACUUACAGCUAUUGUUUGAAGAGUUCCGUUUCAUUGGUUUCGAUCGGGCUCUACACGAUUUAGGACAACGAUUAAGAUCUACUGGCUCUGCUGAAAGGAGACGCGAUAUCUUUCUUGUUUUAGUAAGCAAGACCGGUGGACGCAGUGACGCGGUAUCAGCUCUGUUACAACUAGCUGCGCGGCACAGCAACGAACCGGUUCACAUUCGUGGUGCCGUUGUGCGCAGUCUGGUGAAGCGAGCUGCUGUGUGGCGCCUGCCUGCUGAUGUUUGGCAACACUUGUUAGAUUUUGGACGCGGGUUAGGUCUCGAUGGCGGUCCCUCUGAGGCAGCGUGUUACGAAGGCCUGCAUGCAGUUGUAAUUCGUCAGUUAUUAGCAGGCGAGUGCGAACCAACGAUUGUAAAUGCUUUUCUUAAUAAUUUUUCCUCAUUAAAGGAGUAUUCUUUAAAAGUGGACGAACGCCUGCGUAUUGCAGUUGGUCUCCAAAACUUGUUAGCGGCUGCUGCAGAUUCGGAGCCAGCCAAAGCAGCGGAGCGCCUCAAUCAACUACUCGAUGUUAUAGAAGUUUAUGGCAUUCACGUUCAAACAGUGGCGCCUGUUAUUGGCAUUAUCAAAGGUUUAGCAUUAAGUGACGAAGAAGUUGUACGUCCUUUAUUAGAACGUUUGUAUAAAGCCAAAAUUGGGCGCCAAGAACUGCUUCGCGAAAAUUUAAAGUUUCGUUGUGAUGAGGCAGCCUUACUGAACGCGCUUCGUCAUGACCUUUUAGCCCUUGAAUCUAAACAAAUUGUAGAUGAAAUAGCCAGAGGAGGAAAAAAAUUCGACAGGUUCAUUUCGAAGCUAGUAGUAUACUUUACACAAAAUGAACAGCUCCCAAUGUACUUCAGAACUGCGUUGCGAGAGAAGAUCGCCUCGGAGGACAGUGAGAAACGUAAUAUUAUAAAACAAGCGCGUCCCUUGGUGCGUCUAUUGUACCAAGAUUUCGAAAACAUGUUGUCUGAGGUGGAUGCAACUGAGAAAAAGAAAGACGUUUUACGAGCGGCGUUGAAGGCUUGCGCACAUCGCGCCCGGCCUAUAGUCAGUUUAGCAGAAUGGGGCUGGAGUAGGGCUGGCGUGAAAGCUGUGGCGACGCGAGCGAUGCGAUGUCGUGAAAUAGAAAGAGCCGAGUUUAUCCGCACAUUAGCGAUGGAGCGGCGCACGGUCCGAGUGGCCCUGGCACUCAGUUUGCGCUCUAAAGGAGGGCCAGUUCUCGACACCUUCGCAUCAGCUGCGAAAUUGCGGCCCGUUGUAGCACUGCACGUAGCGUUGCGUUAUUUCCGACAUUAUGCUGAUCUCGGUGUUUGGGAAAUAAUAAAACCUCUGCUUACCAGUGUUGACUUGUCAUCCAAAACAAGACUUCGAAAUUCUUUAUUGAGAAUCCAAUGGAUCCCAUAUGCGAUUAAACCUGAUUAUUGUGCAACUUUAUAUUUUGUAAGUAACAACAUUUCGAUUAGAGAAGAUCUCUUACGUGAAUUAUGUGUACUUCUUCCAGAUGUAGAAGUUGAUACAAUUGAAACUAUUUUAACUUGGCUGUUUGAGAUGAAAGGAGAAGAUGUAGUACCGCUGCCCUUUCCUGCAAUGAUAAUGAGGUACCUUAACCUAUCUAAAAAUGAUGAAGAUUUAGAGAGGAGAUUUACUAAAAUUGGAAAUCGGUUUUUGGAAUGCUUAAGCAGUCUACGUUGUGACAACACCUCAAAAAAAGUCUUCGAAAAAAGACUGCAUCAAACUAUUGAUAGUUUGAAAUACAAUGCGGCAUUUCUAGACAGUAAAUACUCGGUCUGUUUGUCAGUAAUGGAGAAGAUAUUAACUUGGCUUCAGACUUUGCUGCCAAAAGAAGAAUACUUCUCUAAGUAUGUAAAAAUACACCUGACUAUGUUGUACUUCAAGGCAGUUAGGCAGAGCAUGAAACAGUUGCCAGAAGUGUUUGCCGACCCGAAGAGGAAGAGGACGGAGGGCGUGGAGGCCGUAGGCUUUGUGUUCGGGAGGUACAUAGCGAAGGAGGUCUCUGACCUGGUCACUACGUACUUCGACUCUAUAAUAGAACUUUAUACAGGAACCCUUGUGGAUUACUUAGGAGAAUUUCCUGAUGGUAGUUCGAGAGCUAAGUUCAUGGAGUCAGUAUUGAAAGGAAUGUUGGCUGGUGCAGAAGGCACUCAGCGACGCAUGGCAGUGUAUGUGUUGAGAGAUCGCUCUUAUGACUUGAAUAAUGAAGUUAGAAAAGAAUUAGAACAUCUAAUGAUUCAGGAUAAAUACAUGGAGUUUUUUGUGCACGCAGAAUUGUGCAAUUAGAAAACAAUUAAGUCAAUUAAUUGGGUUGGUUACCAAUUAAUUGUCACUUUACCAAAAUUGGGGAGAUUUGGGAAAACACAAAACACAUUUAAAUAAAAGCUCCUGAUUUGAUCUCACAUCCAUCGCUCAAUACUGCAAAGGUAAUCAAUGUUACCUGUACGAGACCGAGGUUUGCGUUGGGACCACUAGAGGAACCAGGAUUCACUCUGAUUCUUCAAAAGUCAAGUUCGCCAGGUUUCCAGCGGAGGACAACAGAGGGCAGUUCUCUCCAAGCGAUUUAUAUUUUAUGGAACUUUUAUAAUUUUUCUUUUUAAUGUUGACAUUGUGUUUUUGUAUAGUUGUAAUUUUAACAACGUCUUAGUUUUUGUAUUUUUUUUUUCUUUGUGACGUAUUUUUGUACUUACGUCAAUU